CCAUGGAAAUCGUGCCAGUUUCUUAUCCUGCGCUCUCUUUUUCCUCUCCAUAUAAAGCCCCUCUCGCUGGCUCAAUCGAGUUCAUAAUCUCCAUAUCCACCUCUGCUUGCUUUUCAAGCUUAGCCUCUGUUUCCCUUUUAUCCACAGUUGCACCGUUCAGGUUAUGGUCUCUGCUGAUCACCGGAAACCUGAGAGCCGUCGCUUCUUCCCAGCUCUCGGUUUCCCCCGCCUCCGUUUCUUCCGUUACCGCCGUUUGAGGUAAUUGACAACUCAAAGCCCGCAAAAAGAAGCAGAGAGGAAUUUUAUUUUAUUUUUUCAUAGACGAUUUUUUUUUUGCGAUAUACUUUAUUGAUAUAAGAUGCCGACAACACCGAAGAGUAACCGUAAAGGACAGGAUUCGGAGAAGAGCAGGAAGAACAGGCUGACAGAGAAGGCGUCGUCGUUUCACGGGAGGAUCCCGGUGGAUGUGCCGAAGCCGAGGAUUCAUCGUCCAAAUACGCUACCUGAUUUGCUUGGAGGCCGGAGGACGGCUGGAGUGAGCACAGAGGCGCGUCCAAAGUUGACGAAGCUGCUAUUAAACGUGACGAUUCAAGGAAGUGUCGGUGCCGUACAGAUUUUGAUGUCGCCGGAAUCCACGGUUAGCGAUCUGAUCGCUUUUGCUAUCCGGCAAUACACGAAGGAAGGCCGCCGUCCGAUUGUUUCAGCCGAUCCCUCCAAAUUCGACCUCCAUUACUCGCAAUUCAGCUUAGAAAGUUUGGACAGAGAAGGGAAGCUCAUGGAGUUGGGUUCGAGGAACUUCUUCCUUUGCUCCAAAAAGUCGGUGGUUGACAGUGGAAAUGAGAUAGGAAGUUCUUCAAGCGGCAGCGGCGUAACGACAACGGCGUCGCCUUCAUCUUGCUCAAAAGAAGUUGAAAAGGCUGCUAAAAGUGUCUUUCCUUGGUUAAAAUUCAUGGAUUUCAUGCUGUAACUAGCAGCGGGUGGUUAUUAUUAUUGUUUUUUUCCCCCUUGUCACUCUAUUUUUAUCAAAGUAUCAGUGUAUAAAGUAGGUUUGAAUUAUAUCAUCUUCCAAUUAAAAAAGAUUGCAUUUUAAUUAGGUCAAUUAAAUUCAAUGGAGAACACUGUUUCCUGUUUGUGUGUCUCUCCUUGAAUUAAAACAUAAGUUUCUGGAAUUUGUACAGCUUAUAUAUAUUGUGCAUCAUUGUUCUUA